AUGACUAAAGCAUCAGCAAGCAAAACACUCCACGAAACUGUUACAACAUUGCACAAUAGUGCACAAAGCAGCAAUAUUUGUGAUGAUCUUGCAUACUUUUAUUUUUUACUAAAGGUAAUAAAAGAGGGUGUACAUAACUUUACAGAUAUCCAGAAUUUUGAUGCAAAAACGAAGGUGAAGAACAGUGCUUUUUUUGAACAGCUCGUUGAAAAAAGGGUUGGGAAUUGUAUUGUUCAUACUUGUGCGAAUUUUGAAGCUAUCACGAAAGAAUUCUUGAAGAAAUGUAUUCGCGAGUCCAAAACACAAGAUCUAACGAACAGGCAAGAGCAAGAAUAUAACGAAAUCGCAAAACGCGCAUUGAAGCUUGUCCAUUGCGAAUUAUUCGAUGCUGAAUGGAAUGUAAAGGACAACUAUCAUUUUGCUCUGAAAUUUAACAAUAGCAUUUUAGAUAGUGUCAGGAAAGACCUUUAUUGCAUUGACAUUAACGGAAAUUUAGUAGAUAAUAAUUUGGAAUUUUGGAGAUUCGAUAAGGAACUGGAUUGUAAAUAUACUGUAAUGGAGGUUGACGUAAAGACUGUUCUUAAAGAUAAUUUUUUUGCUUACUUUGAUAAUUUAAACCUUGAAGAUAUUAAAAAUUUGAAUGUAAAGUCUGUUACCGCCGCCAAGAUCAGGGACAAAACAGCGGACAAUUACUCAUACAAUGAUGAUGGUAUUCAGUUUUAUUUUGAAGAUUUCGCAAAGAAAAGGGGUUAUUUUGUAAUUCAACACUGGUGUCUUGUGAAACAUAUAAUGGGAUGGGAGACAUGUAUUGAAUCAGACUUCAGUAAGCUUAAAGGAUGUACUUUACCAUCCAAUGACCAAAAUACAAGCAACGACGAGAUUGAUGAUGUUUUGAAUUUUACUUUAUAA